CAUACAAGAAGUUCAUUCUUAGAUUGGAGUAAACGCUUUGAAAUCAUCAUUGGGAUUGCUCGGGGGAUUUUGUAUCUUCAUCAAGAUUCAAGAUUGAAGAUUAUCCGUAGGGAUCUUAAAGCUAGCAAUGUCCUACUAGAUGCUGAGAUGAAUCCCAAGAUUUCAGAUUUCGGCAUGGCUCGUAUAUUCAAAGAGGGCCAAACUCAAGACAAGACAACCAGAGUUGUUGGAACAUAGUACGAAUAAAACAUUCAUAAAUGUAAACACACACUAGACUUGCAUGCCUGCGCACAUACAAAGAAAUUAAAGCAUUAUGAAAACUUUAAGAUUACCUUGGAUAAUGUUUACUUGCAGUGGUUAUAUUUUACCAGAUUAUGCAGUAUUUGGAAAGUUUUCAAUAAAAUCAGAUGUCUUUAGUUUUAGUGUCAUCUUAUUGGAGAUAGUAAAUGGCAAGAAGAAUAGUGAUUCUUAUCAAGAGCAUCCUUCCCUAACGUUAAUAGGGCAUGUCUGGGAACUAUGGAGAGAAGAUAGAGAUUUGGAUGUAGUUGAUUCAUCAAUAAAGGAGUCAUGUGUUUCUGAUGAAGCCUUGAGAUGCAUUCAAGUUGGGCUGUUAUGUGUACAAGAAGAAAUAGCGGAUCAACCAACUAUGUUGGCAGUUCAUCUCAUGCUGAGUAGUGAAAGAGCUCUUCCUUUCCCUAAACAACCUGCUUUCAUUUUCAGAAGACCUUCUGAAAAAUUGCAUUUAGUCACAAGAGGAGCUUCUUGUUCUAUAAAUGAAGUGACAAUAACUAUGUUUGAAGAUAGAUAAAGGUAAUGAUUCUAGUUUAAACAAUGAGACAUCCUAGUACAUUUUUCUCUCUCUUUUUUAACAGCACACUAUUGCCUAUUACACCGCUCUGAGGUAUGCCAUUUGCAUAUAUAAUAUGUUGUACUAGGAUUUUGUAUUGAAAAAUUGAGCCAUUUUUGUUUAGAUCUCA